AUUUAUGCUUUUAAUGAUGAGAAGACAACUCCUGAUCCAGUUCUAGAAUACACCCCAAAACUGAACCAAGAUAAAACACCUCUUAUUAUUGAUAAUGGUGGUUAUCAAUGUCGAGUUGGUUGGGCAACCAAUGAAAAACCUGCCUUCAUAUUCAAAAAUAUCACAGCUAAACAAAGAGGGAAAAAAGUGAGGAUAUUUUUAUUUCAACAAGAUAAUGAGGUACAGAUUGGUAAUGAUAUCAGUAAUAUUGAGGUGGUAAGAUGGAAUAUAAGAACACAGUUUGAUCGAAAUAUUGUCAGCAUGUAUGAUGUCCAGGAACAGAUUUAUGACUAUAUCUUCACACAUCUUGGUAUCAAUACAGAAAGUAAAGUAGAUCAUCCGAUAGUUUUAACAGAGGCGCCAUGUAAUCCCAAUAUUUCUAGGCAGCAGAUGUCCGAACUAUUAUUUGAAUGUUAUCAUAUACCACAAGUAACCUAUGGAGUAGAUUCAAUGUUUAGUUUUUAUUAUAAUCAACCAGUGAAAGACAUGAGUAAUGCAGUAAUAAUCGACUGUGGAUAUCAGACAACCCAUUUACUUCCUGUUUACAAUCAUAAACUACACGCUUGUAACGCUCGUAGACUGAACUUUGGUGGAAUACAUCUCGAUACCUUCAUGCAGAGAUUAUUACAGUUAAAAUAUCCUGGUCAUUUUACUUCUAUUACACUCAGUAGAUGUGAGGGUUUAUUACGAGAUCACUGUUACCUAGCAACAGAUUAUUUAUCAGAAUUAAGUCAAUGGACAUCAACAGAAUAUUACACUGAGAAUGUUCAUAAAAUACAGCUACCCUAUGUUACAGUGAGUUUCAGAAGUCAGCUGACAGCAGAACAACAGAAAGAAAGACGACUACAACAGAUUAAAAGAUUGAAAGAAGUUAAUCAGAAACGUAGACUGGAGAAGUUAAAAAGUGAUGAAGAUCAGUUAAAAGAAAUGAUAUCUGUCCAAGAAAUGAUGCUAGAUGGUGAUAAACAGAAUUUUACGAAAGCUCUGUAUAAUGUUGGUUUAAAAACAGCAGAGGAGCUACAAGAUGCUAUCAAUAAGCUAACUAUUGGAAUACAGAGAGCUAGGGCUAAAAUAUUGGGAGUGGAACCACCACCUGAAGAACCAGAGGAAUUGGAAGAAGAAAAAGUACUGGAAGACAGAAGAAAAAAUGAUUUUUUGGGCUGGUUAACAGAAGUUAGAAAUAAACGACAGAAAAUUCUAUCAUCUAGAAAUCUACGCAGAAAGAAAAAGGCUGAUAUGGCAAAGAGAAGAACCUACGCUUCACAACAACGAAUGAAAAUUAUCACACAGUUAGCUCAAAAAUCCUCUAAAAAGGAAGAUACCUUUGGUCAGAAUGAUGCUGAUUGGGAAGUUUAUAAGGAAAUAAAUCCUGAGAUGGGUACCAGCGACUCAGAAGCCGAAGAUGAAAAACUUGAAGAACUGGAAAACAUGUUACGAGAACAUGAUCCAGAAUUCCAACGUGAAUUAGAUUUUGGUGGUGUUCCUGGCAGUGAUUUUAAUCUGGCAGAAUAUCAUCAGUUACAUCUAGCUGUGGAGAAAAUCAGGGUACCAGAAUUACUGUUUCAACCAUCCAUGGUUGGUAUAGAACAGGCUGGAAUCUCAGAAACACUGGACUACGUAUUGAAGAAAUAUCAACCAGACGAUCAAAAUAAACUUGUACAGUGUGUAUUUUUAACUGGUGGAAAUGCUAAUUUGCCAUUAUUCAAAGAAAGACUGGAGAAGGAUUUAUUAGAGAUGAGACCAUUUCAAUCAACUUUUCAUGUCUACAAAGCAGAGAAUCCUAGUUUAGACGGAUGGUUAGGGGCCAGAAAAUUAGCUUUAUCACCCUCCUUUCAAUCAUCAUGUAUCACACGACAACAAUAUGACGAAAUGGGAGAGGGAUAUCUAACGGAACAUUUUACAUCCAAUCAGUAUUUCCCUACACCCAUAACUUUACCAAAAAUCUCAUCAACCCCUCCAGCUGCUACUCUACCCCCAUCUUGA